CAGCAAUGCCAAUAUAUGGCACACUUUAAAAUUAAUUACUUAGAGAAAAAUAUUGAUAUAAAAAGAAUAAGAGCAGAAAUUCACAGCCCCUCUGGUAAGACAGAGUGCCAUUUAAACUUGAAUAAAUCAGGAGGAACAGGUACAUUUAUGGCCACUGAAGUUGGAAUUCAUGAAUUAAUUGUUUAUUGUGAAGAGGAAAUGAUUAGUUGCUGUCCACUUAAAAUUUGUGUGCAACCUGACAUUUCCAAAAUCCUGUUCUCAGGAAUCGAUCCUUGUGCCCUUGGUUCAAUUGUCGAAGUCUUGAUCAAUUCAAAUGGUGCCGGAGGAGGAAAAAUAGAUGUAGAAGCCAUAGCACCAAGUGGAAAAAAUAAGCAUUGCCCCAUUGGUGUGAAUGAUGGUGCCUAUACAGCAACUUUUACUCCUGACGAAAUUGGAGAAUGGAAAAUUUUCGUCACAUACUCGGGAGAACACAUUCAAGGAAGUCCUUUUACUUGUUUCGUUUACGAUCCCUUACAAGUUAAAGUUUCCGGAUUUGAGAAGGGUUCAUCCGAUAAAGAAGUUACUUUUAAGUGCGAUGCAAGUAAUGCAGGAUGGGGAAAAGUAAAAGUGAAUAUAAAAAAAGAAGGACUUAGCAUUCCACAUGAAGUUGACGAGAGAGGAAAUGGAAUUUAUCACAUUUCUUUUACUCCUGUGUACAGUGGAAAAUAUGAAAUCCAUAUUUUAUUUAAUAAUUUAGAAGUAAAAGGUUCACCUUUCAUAUUAAGAAUAAGCGAUAAUUUAACAAUAUUAAAUAGAGAAAUUGAAGGAAAUCAGACUGAUUUUGAAACAAAAAAGAAUUUACAUCACAGUGUGAUGUCUUCUGGCUUAGAAAAUUUUUCAAGUUUUAAUAAAGAAAACCACUUUGUCUCUUCUCUACAACAUAAAGUUGAUCACAUUAAUACAAUGAGUGAUGCUUCAAACAUUAGAAGUAGUCAUAGUAUUUCGUCAAAAUUAUCUCUUAGAAACGUUGACAAUGAUGAUGAUUUAUCAUUUCAACAAAGAGCCGAAAUAGUAAACAGCAGCUUAUCGUUUAAUAAUCAAAUGCCAAAAUCAUCAAAAUUUAUUACUUCUUACUGGGAAGAAGAAAAAAACAAUGAACAAUAUGAUUCUAAAAAUUUAAGUAAAUCUUCAAAAUCGUUAUCUUCGUCCUCCUUAGAACAGAUUGAUCAUGAAGAGCUGUCUUUUCAUCAACGGGCGGAACUUGUUAAUAAUAAACUAAUGGCACGGAAAGAGGAGACAAGAUCAUUCAAACCUCCUCCUCCUACUCCCAAAAAACCAGUUUCGGUAGAUGUUACAACUCAAAGUUCAUCACUGAGAGAACAAGGUAGUCGCUUUCAAAGCACAACGAAUGAAAAAUUUGAAAAUUUGCAUCAUGAUCAUACAGAACUAACAAAAAAUAAAGUGAAAGAAAACUAUUAUCAGAAAAAUUUAUCAAGAACGCAAGGGGAAUUUGGAACCAAACAAAAGAGUAGGCAGAGAUUUUCCGGAGAAGAAUUUGCUAAUCUUCCAUACAAUCCUAGUCACAUUGAUAGCAUGUCGACAAAUGUUAAACAAGACAGCCACAUUAUGCAUCAGUUUAGGACAGUUGAUAAUAACCAAAGCACAGAAUCUUUAUUACAUAAAGAAACACUGAAUACUAAUCAAGUUGUUAUAUCAGGCGAUGGCUUAAGAAUGGUUCCGGUAAAACAACCGUCUGUUUUUACUAUUUCUAGACCAAAUUUAAAGUUGGACGACAUCAAUGUUAUUGUGACAGCACCAUCUGGAAGAGAAAUUCCAAUUCGUUUGGAUAUGCUGUCUCAUGGUGAAUAUCAAGUUGAAUAUAUCACCCCAGAAGUCGGAGAACAUGUCAUAGACGUUUUAAUAAAUGGUAGGCCUUUAUCCGGGAGUCCAUAUUGUUGUUAUGGUUACGACGCUUCUAAAAUUAAAGUUGGAAAUAUACCAAAUGGUGUUGUUGGAAAAGCUGUCGAAUUUGAAAUUGAUGGCGCAGAUGCUGGUUCUGGAAAUUUAGAAAUUUUAGUUAAUGGUGGUCACGUGACGAGUAAUGUCAAAAGUCUUGGUAAUCAUCGCUUUCUCGCAUCGUUCAUUCCUCAUACUUCUACGAUGCAUGCAAUAGAAAUGAAAUUCAAUGGUCAAAGAGUUCCAGGAUCACCUUGGAAAUGCGAAGUUGUCGAUUUAACUAAGAGAGUUUCAGGAAUUUCAGUAAAAGGGGAAGCUUUAAAGACGUUCAGCACGGAUUCUACUGCUUCUUUCGAAAUAAACACAUCUGGAUAUUGUAAAGAAGAUAUUCGCAUUAACAUUACAAGCCCUUCUCAAAACAAUGUUCAAUAUCAUCUAAUUGAUCUUGCCAAUGAUAAUUAUCGAGUGGAUUUUAAUGCAUAUGAAGUAGGUACCUACACCAUUGACGUAAAGGUAGCCGGACAGAGAGUAUCUGGGAGUCCUUUUCUAGCCAAGGCUUACAAUGCAUCGCAAAUUCAAGUAACUGAAGUACCGCGAAUAUGUUUUAUGGGAGAAAUGUGCCAAUUUAAUGUUGAUGCCUCUUUGGCCGGAGAAGGACAAUUAGAAAUAUCGAUUAAUGAUGGAAAUGUACCGAAUCAAGUUCAAGUAUUAGGUAAUGGGAGAUGUCUAGUGAGUUUCAGGCCUGAAGCACCAAUUCCUCACAUAAUCGAUAUUAAAUUCAAUGAUAAAAAUGUGCCAGGUUGUCCCAUCGAAAUUGAAGUGUCAGACACCAAUAGCAUUUCCGUAGAUUUACAUAAAUUAGAACUGAUACCGGUCAAUCAUGCCGCUCGUUUCAUAAUCAACACAAAAGGAGCACAAGAGUCAAACUUUAAAGUUACAGUGACAUCACCUAGCAAUGCUGUCUUACCUGUUAAAAUGUGGGAAAACAUUCGAAAUGGUUACUUUGUAGAGUUCAUUCCAAAAGAAGUCGGUCAACAUACAAUUUUGGUCGAAUAUUUGGGAAAUAGAGUUAACGGAACGCCCUUGACGAUAAAGGUGUAUGAUGCCAAACGGGUAGAAGUGAGUGGAAUGCCUGAAGGUUUAUUGGGUAAAACUGUCCAGUUUACAGUGGAUGCAAGCCAAGCCGGAGAAGGGAAUUUAGAAAUAACAGUAAGUGCAAAAGGAAGGAAUAUUCCGACUCAGGUUCAUCCUCUGGGAAGUGCAAAAUUUGGAGUCUCCUUCGUUCCGACGGAUCUUCACGAACACAUAAUUAGUAUAUCGUUUAAUAAAGAGUCCGUUCCAGGAAGCCCAUUCACAGUUCAUAUUAUAGAAGCUGGUAUAAUAUCUGCAGCCGGUGCGGGAUUAAUCGCAACUUCAAUUAAUAAAACAGCAAUAUUCAUGAUACAGAAUGUAGCAGGACUGGAACAAGAUAUUAAUGUUAAAAUUGAAGGUCCUGACGAGAAACCGGUUCCUUACAGUAUGAAAGAAGCUAGCAAUGGAUAUUUAAAAGUAGAAUACGUGCCAAAUCAAACAGGUGAAUAUAAAGUUUGCAUCAAUUAUAGAGGAAUGCCAAUUGUUAAUUCGCCUUUUAUCAGUAAAGUUUAUGACAUCAAGCAGAUAAAAGUGAAAGACAUGCCCAAAGGGUUUAUAGGAAAACCGGUAUCAUUCAUAGUGGAAACAGCAAAUGCUGGUCCUGGAAAUUUGGAGGUGAUGGUAAAUAGUGGACAGGUUCCUACAGUUCCUCAAGCUCAAGGUUCCGGUUUAUAUGCAAUUACGUUUGUGCCAAAAGAUAUUAAGAGGCACAUUAUUGAUUUAAAAUUUAAUGGGGAAAUUGUUCCUGGAAGUCCAUUUGAAUGUCAAAUAGUUGACUACACUAAAAUUAAAAUUAAAGGUGAAGGUAUAGAGCGAGUUCCCAUUCAACAACCUACCUCAUUUGUUAUCGAUACACACGGUACAGACAUGGGCGAUUUUCAAGUCACUAUUUUAGGGCCAAAUCAAAAACAGUUACAAGAAUAUAUUAAUGGAAAUUAUCACAGUGGAUAUAGAGUAGAAUAUACACCUGUCGAAGUUGGUGAUCAUUCUAUUGAUGUUAGAUUACACGGUCAUCCGAUCAUGGGUAGCCCUUUUCUCGUUAAAGCAUACGAUGCUAGUAGAGUAAAGGUGACCGACAUUGGAAGUGGAAUCGUAGGGAAACCUGUAUAUUUUAGUAUCGAUGCUUGUCAAGCCGGAGCUGGUAAUUUAGAAAUUAUCGUUUCCGUAAAUGGUAGAAACGUUCCAAAUUAUGUUCAGUCUGAAGGAAAUGCAAAGUUUAGAGUAAAUUUCAAACCGACUGAACCCCAGAUGCAUAUGCUUAGUGUUAAAUUUAAUGGAGAACCAGUUCCAGGGAGUCCGUAUUAUGUUAAAGUCACAGACAGCAGUCAGUCAGUGAUAACGGGAUCAUCAUUGAGAAUGACUUCGCUGUCUCGCGGUGCUCACUUUACCGUCGAUACAAGAGGUGCCGAAAAUGCUGAAUGUAAAGUAAUCGUCACAGGUCCUUCUGGAAAAAAAAUUCCCGUUACUUUAACAAAAACUUCCAUUACAACAUUUGAAGUUCAGUUUAAUCCCAUCGACGUCGGUCCCCAUACCGUAGCAGUUAUGUUAGAUGGUUCUCAUUCACCUGGUAGUCCUUUUACUUGCAAUGUUUAUGAUGUUUCUAAAGUAAAAGUUUCAAAAUUGAGUCAAGGAAUAAUUGGAAAACAGUGUACAUUUCAAGUGGACGCCUCACAUGCAGGAGAAGGAACACUCGAAUUAGUAGUUACAACAAGAAAAUCGUCGGUAAGAGCCGAAGUAUCCAUGAAAAGUAGAGGUCUUUACGAUGUGACGUUUGUUCCUCAAGAAAAAAUGUCCCAUUAUAUAAAUAUUACUUUUAACGAAGAAGAUGUUCCAGGAAGUCCAUUUAAAAUCGAUAUCCGAGACUCAUCAAAUGGAACUUUAAGCAGUAGCAGCAAAAUGACAAAAACUUCUGUCACCAUUAAUGGAGAAGGAUUGAGACAGGGACUCGUUGGUUCAGUGAACAGUUUCGAAAUCGAUACAAAUGGAUUAGAGGGUGACAUAAAUGUCAAAGUUUUAGGGCCAAUGGGCAUUCCAGUACCAGUUACGUUGGUUAAGACAGAUCAGACGACCCAUCACGUCGAAUAUAAUUGCCGCGAAGUGGGGAUGUACAAAAUCGAAGUACUUCAUUCCGGUUCUCCCAUAUUCGGAAAACCAUUCUUGGUCGAAGUUUGUGAUCCGAGUCGUGUCAAAGUAAUGGACAUAGAAGAUGGUGUCAUAGGAAGAGAGCAGAUGUUCAAAGUUGACACCUCUCGAGCUGGAAGGGGAAAUCUUAUGGUCUCGAUCAUGGCCGGUAAUCAUGAAGUAAAACAUUCUUUACAGGAAUUAAAUUCCGGAGUAUAUCAGGUACUUUACACUCCGAAAUCUGAUGUGCCUCAUAAAAUAAAUGUUUAUUACAAUGGUCAUCAAGCACCAGGUUGUCCUCAGAUCGUUGACAUUAGAGACCCUGGCCAUUCGAUUAUUGCGCACGGAAUUGGAUUAAAGUCUGUAGCGUACGGCGAAAGCGCAUCAUUUCUUGUUGAAACUGGUGGUUACGGAGAAGCAAAAGAUUUCGAUAUUUUAGUAUCAGGUCCAAAUGGUUCUCCAUUACCGGUAAAAUGUUAUCAGCAAAAAGAUGGUAGUCUUUUAGUAGAAUGGGCACCACAACACACAGGAAGUCAUAAAAUCGAAAUUUUUUAUUGUGGGAAAAGUAUAUCCGGUUCUCCUUAUAUAUGUCAAGUGUUCGAUGCAAAUUCCGUCACCAUGCAGAAAGUGAAGACAACAACAUUUUCUGUUCACGAGAAAAUAUCCUUUACACUAAAUCGAAAGGAUGCAGGCUUUGCUGAGUUAGACGUGACUGUGACUAGUCCACUGGGCAGACAUCUUCCGAUAGAAGUGAAAGGUACCGCCGAUGGCGAAGGCGAACUUAUAGAAUUUACACCCACAGUUCCCGGAAAAUAUAAAAUUGCAAUUACUUAUGGUGGAAUUGAAGUUCCAGGUAGUCCAAUAACUUUCAUAGCUCAAGAAGAAGGCAAUCCUAAAAUCGAAGGAGCGGGUCUAACAGUGGCUCAAUGUGGCAUACCGGCAUCUUUCAAACUAAAUGGAAAGGGACUUUGGGGUAGACCAGAGGUCCAUAUUGAUGGUCCUCAGAGCGAAGUUGAUUGUGAAAUUGAAGAAGAGGAAGAAGGCAUUUAUAUUGUUACUUAUAUCCCACAAGAAGUUGGUGUAUUUGACAUUAGAAUUUUAUGGAAUGGCAGAGAAGUAGCUGGAAGUCCAUUCCAUCCGAGAAUAGUUAAUCCACAAAAAGUUCGAAUAAUUGGAGGUUGGGAAAGUCUAAUGGAUGAGCAACAUCGAAUCGCUCUAACUAUUGGAGAGGAAAAAAGAAUUCCUUUUGAUGUAGGAGAUGCUGGACCAGGUAAACUAAAAACUGAAAUUAGAAGUCCCACUGGAAUAAUAGAUUCUCAUGUCGAACAAAUAGGCAGUCAUCGUUAUCAUCUGUGCUUUACUCCACUAGAAGAAGGUGAAUAUUACAUUUACAUUUACUACUCUGAUCUCCCACUUCCGAAGUCGCCAUUUUUGGCCUUUGCUGGAGAAUCCGGAUUAACGUUAGAUCAUACCAGAGUUGUAUUACGUGGCCACGGAUUAACGGGUGCGAGAGUCGCAGACGAAGCUGAGUUUAUUAUAGAUGGAUCAGAAGCAGGACCAGGAUCUCCAGAAGUUAGUUUAAGUGGAGUGAAAGCAGACAUUCCUAUCAGAUUAACAUCACUAGGAAAUAAUGUUUAUAAAGCAUUCUAUACACCUUCUAUACCUGGAGCAUAUUUACUUAAUGUAAUGUGGUCAGAAAGACAAGUUAAAGGAUGCCCUCUAAAAGUAACAGUAGUUGCUAAUUGUGAUGCCAGCAAAGUUGGCUGUUCUGGAGAAGGAUUACGUGGAGGAACCGUUGGGAAAGAAAUUAAAGCAUUUAUAGAUACGAGAAGGGCUGGACCAGGUGAAUUGACAGCACAUUGUAUGGGUCCACACAAAGUUGCCUAUUGUGAGCUUUACGAUCAUCGUGAUGGCACUUUUACAUUAUAUCUUAAACCUCAAGAAGGUGGUCGUCACAUACUUACAGUAAAAUAUGGUGGAGAACACGUUUCAGGAAGUCCAUUCACUCUGCGAAUCGCCGGUGCUCCAGACGCUUCUAAAGUAAGAGUUUAUGGACCUGGAAUCGAACCCGGAGUUUUAGCCAUAUAUCAAAGUCGAUUCAUUUGCGACACUCGAGGUGCAGGAGCCGGUCAACUAACGGUCCGUAUUAGGGGUCCAAAAGGUGCUUUCAGGGUGGAAAUGCAGCGAGAAAGUCAGAAGGACCGCACCAUAUUAUGUAAAUACGAUCCGACCGAACCGGGAGAUUACAGGAUCGAAGUGAAGUGGUCCGGGGAGCACGUUCCCGGAUCUCCUUUUAUGGUCAUGAUCUUCGACACGCAAGAGGAGUUAAAUCACUACUUGCAAGGACAAUACCAUUCCCCUCCAUCCAAUUCCGGGGCCUUACCUCCGUCCGACUAUUUCGGUUCUGGUUUAACUUAUGGAACCAGUUUCGGACAGAUGUCGUGGAGAGGUUCCACGGCCGAACUGUGAAUCGUAAUUGCUCACUCCGCGUGAUUAUCAGCUGAAAAAAAAAACAAUUAAUAAUCUAACCGGGUCGCGAC